AUGGACGCCCGUCUUCGUCGUGUAAACAAGGAAAUUGCUGAUUGCAAGAAUGACAGAACCUCUAACAUCUCUUUGGAGCUCAUUGAUAACUCCCCGUUUCAUCUGAGAGGCUCUUUUCCUGGCCCAGAGGAUACACCAUAUCAAGGAGGCCACUUUGAGGUGGAUAUUAUCAUCCCAGACUCAUACCCUUUUCAACCGGUCAAGAUGAAAUUCAUUACCAAGGUCUAUCACCCCAACGUGUCUUCUGCAUCUGGUGCAAUUUGCCUGGAUAUUCUCAAGGAUGCCUGGUCUCCGGUCCUUACACUCAAAUCCACUUUGAUCUCGCUGCAGAGUUUGCUCUGCUCGCCUGAGCCGAAUGAUCCACAAGAUGCAGAAGUGGCAAAACACUAUACCACGAGUAAAGGCAGCUUUGAGGAAACAGCCCGGUACUGGACUCAUAUAUAUGCUGGAGGGCCGGGGGCAAAGGAUCCCAAGGGCUCAAAAAGUAUCAGAGACGAAGUGGCAAUUGCGGGAUUGGAAAAUGCGCAUGUAGACCAGUUUGAAGGUCUCGGAUUCCCAAGGAAUAAAGUGAUCGACGUUCUCAGGAGAUUGAAUUAUCGCGGAGCUAAUGUGGCACAAAUAUCGGAGGACAGAGUCGUCGAAGAAUUGCUCAAGUCAUAG